AUGUAAUUUGAAUCACCUAGAUUCAAUAUUGACUUGGAUUAGGAAUUGUAGGCAGAAUAAAACGAAGAUUUCGAGUAAUAAUAUUUGGGCUUCUGUUUACGAUCAACAAGAAGAGAGACCUCAAUCAAUUAUCCUCAUCUCUACAGUUAAACGUAGAGUGUGAAAAGUAUCGAAGGAUUCGAUUAAUACAAUGUGAAGAAGCUUGAGAAUGUGGCUCUAAAGAAAGUCCAGAAAAGUCCUCCUGAGACGAGCAGGAGUCCCAUUCAUGUUCCUUCCUACAAAUAGCAUUCUACAGGAUCAAGCAUGAUGGCUUUCUUUUUGCUCAAAAGGUUUUUGGAGAAGCUCUAAAUCAAACGGAGAAUGCUAGAAACCCUGAAUUACACUCAUCUAAACCUAAUAGGAGACAAAGCCGCUGAUAGGUAAAUACAAGAAUAAUUAUAGUAAUGUAGUGCUUCAAUAUUCGAAAUCAAUAUAACGAGCUGGAUUCACACUCUAGGCUAUGAAAAAGCUGUUCGAAAUGGAGUCCCAAAUUGAGGAGACUAAAUUGGAAAACCUGAAGCAAUACUACGAGAAUAUUAAAAAACAGAUAAUUAAAAUUUGUUAAACCAUCAUCAAUCUAAUUCCUUUAAUUCAGCCGGAAUCUCUUUUCAAAGUGUAUUGGGAUUUAUUUGCAGUGGUCUUCAGGAUCAUUUUAGUGAUCUUAAUCCCCUUAGAAGUCGGAUUUCACACUCAGAUACUGUUCCAAGACAGUACACCCUUAACUGUAAUAAUUUGUAUAGUACUAAUAAUGGACUUUUUUAUUAGGAUCAACACACAACAAUAUCUGAAUGGUUAAGCUAUCAGAGAUCGAUGGAAAUUAAUAAUGAUUCAAGUAAAAAAGUCCAUGUUCAUUGACUUCCUCACUAUCACUAUUUUAGUGAUCUUUCUAUCAUUGAUUCCUGAAGAUCCACAAUACAAUCUGUUUACCUUAGUAACUCUCACCUAAUAUUCCUAUGUGUAUGAAAUACUCUCUAAAAGUGAAUAAUACUCCUACUUCACAAGACCUCAAAGAGGUAUCCUGGGAUUGUUAAAGUUUAUGGCAACUCUUUUUUAUAUUUUGCAUCUAUUCAGUUGUUUUUGGUUUUGGAUUUCGAGUUUGCAAAUUGAAGACUCUUGGAUUGACUUUAAAGACUUAACAAACAAGCCCUGGUAGGUUCAGUAUCUGGAAGCCCUGUAUUUUGCAAUUGUGACCAUGUUGACCAUAGGCUAUGGAGAUAAUGUGCCUAAGAAUUCAACUGAAAAGAUAGUGACAAUUAUCUUCAUUUUGGGUGCCUGUUUGUGGUUUUCUUACAGUAUAAACUUUAUCGGAGGAAUCAUGAAUGACAUAACAUAGAAUUAGGUUGAAAGGAAUUAGAAGAUGAGAGUCAUCAAUAAAUAUAUGAACAAAAGAAAUAUCCCAUUUGCAUUGCAACAUCAGUAAUUAAUAAUAUUAAUAUGUUCUGAAGAAUCAAAGAGUAUCUGACAUAUCGAUGGAAGGAAGAUGAUGAAGUAGAUCUGGAGAUAGAACAGACAUUAUUAGAUCAAUUAUCUGAUGAAUUAAAGGAAGAAUUAGACCGACAGGCUCACAAAGUUUUCAUUGAAAAGUCUAUCUUACUUCAGAAGUUUUUUAGUGAAGAAUUUAGAAAUGCUUUAUUUAAAAGUAUAAAGAGAAAAAGUAAGAUUGCAAUUUAUUAUUAUCUUUAAGUUAUCCCUCCUGAAAACACCUUCUACAUCGAUUUCAACGGACAACAUCAUCUAUGCUUUAUAGAAUAGGGACAUCUGCUCUAUUAACAUAAGGAUGAGAAAUAGAGAUCCAAAAUGAACACCAUAAUUGGUCUGGGAGAAUUCUUGUGUGUCAAAGAAUUUAUAGUUGAAGAUCCUGAUAUGGAACUGUUCAAAGCUGUUGGAUAUGUGAGUUUGUUAGUACUAUCCAAAUAAGAUUUCCUGACCAUUCUUAAAGAUUACCCAGAUGAUUUCUAAAAGUAUUGCUAAUUAAAGGACUCCAUCGUAAUGAAUUUUGAUUAAACAAUUCUAUAAAAGAGUGUCUACUGUCCUGCAUGUCAGUAGUUUGAACACACUCUAACUAAAUGUCCUUACAUUUAACAUAAACCGAAUUUUGAAGUUACUAUUAAAAAACAUCAACAUUCUAAAACUUAGUAGAGAUCUAGAUUUUAAAGAAAGAGAAAGAAAAAUGUGUAUCUUGCUUUAUCUGAAAAAGAUUUGGUGGCAGAAUUUGCCAAAGUGUACUCCAGCGAUAAUCAGUAAUCAAUAAAUUAGUAACUUAAAAUAAUCUAUUAUUAUGAAUAAGACUAGAUUGAUUGUAACAUUAUUGAUCCUUCAGCCUCAGUGGACAUAUUUAGAGUUUCUUCUUUACUCCCUUAAUAUUCCACUGAAGCUCUAAAUAAAUAGAACGACUUAUUAAGCAGUGUGAGAAUGGAACCAAAAUCAAUUAAAGAACCUGAAAUUGAUAUCAAAGGAGAAUUGAGACAACAAUUAAAUCAAGGAAGAUUGAUUAGAAAAACAACUAUGUUUCCCUCUAAUAAUACUAAAUAAAUUAAAAAGAGCCCAACAAAUACGUUCACAAUUAAACAGGUUCAAGACGAAGAUUGGGAUGACUCCUUAUAAAUACACACCUUUUAAAAUACACAUAAUGAUAACAUUGUUCAGGUUUACAAUAAAUUAAUUAAACAAGAUCUAGAAGAUCCAAUAAUCAAAAAGGCAAUUACUUAAAUAGAACCAUUAUUUUGGAAAUUGAAUCAAAAAAUGAUUGAUGAUUUUGAAGUCAUACAGAAUUACGACUUUUUUUAUUCAUAAUUUAAUGCCGAAAAAACCAUAGAUUUAGCUAACAAAAAUAUCCAUCAUUGGCAGAAGGAUAUAAUAGAAAAAAUGUAGAAGUUUAUGCUUUUUCCCUUUAAUUACAUCUUGAAAUAUUUGAAAUUGAGAAGAAACAGAAUGAAUCAGGCAAUCAUUGAAAAAGGAAAUAAAUUUAAAAGAGUUAAAAAUAAAUUGAGAAUGAUGCAGCUACGAAGUAAUCUAUAACAGAAGAAAAUUUCUACCACAUCCAACAAAGUAAUUAGAUUUGGAUAGGUAUUGCCUUCUAAAGUACAGUCUCGAGACUCAAUAAUCAUUUGA